ACAGUUUCAUCUCGGUUGGUGGGCUCUCGCAACCGCCAUCUUAAGAUUUCGCACGGAUUUGCCGCCACGGAGUCAACGCGCCUUUCAGCACCGAACCGCAAAUCCAGCAGAGAUGACAGUUCCAUGGAUUUUGACUGAUCCUUGGGUGGGAAAAUUGAUUCAGUCACCAUAGAAAAGGGCGUUUUUGCGAGUCACCUCAUCCAAAACCACAGCAGUUCUCCCGUCACUGUCCAAUUGUUGACCACUUCUCAGUUCCUUUUUCUUAGUGUUCUCAUCCUGUGCAAAUUCAUGAUCUCUAAAUACCGAAACACAUAUCUGGUAAAUGGUUACCUACAUGCCUUUCUUUAUUACCGACACAGGGAAUGGGUAUAGACUCUUACAUGUUACCUUCAUUUGCUACGUGUAGAUCUAGUACCUCUACUGAACGCGAUUACUGGUUUCGCCCAUUAUUGCUUAGACACAAUGACGGAUCCAGCUCCACUCGUUGCCGGUCGCCCGACAACAGAAGUACUCCUCAGCGACAAGAUUUUGCCAAAAGCCUAUUGGUGGGUGGACACCUGGCCCGGCAACAAAGCCAAGGUGUUUACGCCUCGGAUGAUCAUGCUGCUAUGCAACCAUUUUGCCGAAAGUGUCGAACACAUCGGUUACGCAGAAACACGCGCAAGCAACUCUAUCGAAUUCCUAACCCUGGACCAACUGAGCUCCAAUGCUUCCGCAGAGCCGGGCGGCACACCGGCUCCGGUUUCCGGGACAUUUGCGGGGUAUUUAGUCGUAUUUCGAUUACCCAAUGGGCGUCUUCAAGAACACACAGCGCCUCUAGUUUCAAAUCAUUUUUCAAACUAAUUCCAGGCACACGCGCGACUACUGGCUUGGGUAUGCUGAGCUCGGCUGGAUGCCCGAACCGAAUCCAGUGAGGACGGUCGACGACGACUGGUUUUCUGGGGUGCCAAAGGACCGCAAGCACAUUUUCGUGGUAUACUUUUAUUACGUGUUCUGCAUCGGAUUAGUUGAGUAUUACUCAACGUUCUCUUUAAUACUAACCUCUCCUUAUAUUUGCUACAGGCCCCGUUUGUUCUUCGUUGCCUUGCAGACACUAACAUGUGCACUGGGCAUACCAACUGGUCGUCGCUGGCCAUUGGCAACGUUUUCAAGCUAGCGAACGCCUACCAGAAUUUUCGGCAGAUUGUGCCGCCGGAUUCCGAACCUGGGCAGGUUUAUACCAUUGCGCUGGAGGAUGCCACCUACCAGGACUUGCGACAGGCGAUCAUG